CGCGCGUCAAAGACAUUAGUUUGCCGACGGGAGAACAAAAAAAAAUUACUCCCAAUUUCUUUUCCAUGAAAAAUAAAACAAUCGCGGAAGGCAAACGGAAGAGAUCCUUCUCACGUUUCUGAACAAAUCGUGCUUCGCUCAUAAGGGAUGAGAGCUCGCCGUGUAUCAGCUGUUAACAGUGAUUAUUAGCGGGCGGCAAGCGAGCGAAAAUUGUGUAAGAGCGGGCUGUUCAGUCCGGCUCCAGCCGGGGUGCUCUCUGAAGUCCCCGUCGUGGAGAGUUUCUGCUCUCUUUGGGGAGGUGGUUCUGGGGCAGGUGAACAUCUCUCACAGCGCUCUUGGCGGUGCUGUGGACGCCACGGAAGAACAGUUCAAGCCAUCAGCAUCAGUUAUACCCCGGCGCCCAGUUUAAUCCGAAUAAAAGGUCUCCCCUAGGUGCGCUGUCGGAGUCCAGGGUCGGAUCGCGAUGGGGUGCGCGCUGUCCGGAAGCGGAGUGAGUUCGGGAGCGUCGGCUCCCGACUCGGCCGGGUCCAAAAGAGAUCGCGCGGCGGAGUCCACUUUUGCGUCCGCUGGAGGUUCCGAAAUCGGAGGCGCCAGGGGUCCCGGAUUCCGCCUGAAGUCGGAGCCAGUUCCCUUGACAGAGUCCCAGAAGGACCUGAUCCGGGAGUCCUGGAAGGUCGUGCAUCAGGACAUCGCCCGGUUAGGGAUCAUCAUGUUCAUCAGGCUGUUCGAGACCCAUCCGGAGUGCAAGGACGUCUUCUUCAUCUUCCGGGAGAUCGACGACCUCCAGGAGCUGAAAAUGAGCAAGGAGCUGCAGGCGCACGGCCUCAGGGUGAUGUCGUUCAUCGAGAAGAGUGUCGCGCGACUGGCUCAGGAAGACAAGCUGGAGCAGAUUGCCUUGGAACUGGGGAAGUGCCACUGCCGCUAUAAUGCACCCCCAAAAUACUAUGAGUACGUCGGAGUGCAGUUCAUCAGCGCGGUCAAGCCCAUCCUGAAGGACAGCUGGAGCCCGCAGGUGGAACAGGCCUGGGAGAGUUUAUUCGCGUACCUGGCGGCCGUGAUGAAGAGGGGGUACCACGAGGAGGAGCACAAGGACGGGGUGAACAAGGCGAGCUACGCGAGGAAGAGGCCGCCCCAGAGCCCGGCGGAGGAAGCGCCGCCCAACUGCAUCUGACGGCGCCGGCGCGCUCCGUGCCGGUUUCUGCGACCGGGGCGGUGUGGUCCUGAGCCCAGCACCGGCAGUCCGACCCAUUACAUGCGAACAGCAGCCCCGCCCUUAACCAGAGUGAGAGUCUCGUGAGCCGUCAGUGUCCAGCUGCUGGAUGGACGGUAGCUGAGUGCAAUGAGGAGCCCGGCAGGCGGCACUCAGUUACUGCGCCUGUGUCACAUCAAUGCCCAGUUUUGUGACCCCCAUUUCGCAGCAAGACAUCCAUUACGUGGGCAGGGUGGGUGGGCAGGCAGGGUGAGGGAAGGGCUUCUUUAAAGACAGGUGAGUUGACAGCUUGAAUGAAUGAUGCCUCUGAAAAAAUGGAAGGUUUUAUUGCAGCCAACUGGAGCCUCUGACAGAAGUCAGACUCCUCUCUAAGCUGGCCAGAGCCACCUGGUGAGAGUCAGUCUGGUUAUUCCCCAACACAAUAACAUGAAAUAGCUGGAAUUGUAACCAGAUCUCCGAGUCCUACUCCCGUCCUGGCCUCCCUGCAUUGGCAACCAGUCAGGUUUGGGAAUCGUC